GCAGAGGUUUGAACAGUUGGAAAGGGGAGGGGAAUUCUUCCCAAGCAGGGUAGUGUCGCUCGAGUUGCUCUUCGUGACAUCUGGAAUACGAUGGCCAUCUGGAAUACGAUGGCAGCUCGUCAGCGAGCUCGAGUUGCUCUUCGUGACAUCUGGAAUACGAUGGCAGCUGGUCAGCCAGUCUCGGAGGAGUGUAGGGUUGUGGAGGACGAGCUCAACAGUUUUGUUGAAUGCCAGGUAGGGUUUCCAGCUAACUCUAGUACUGCCUCUGCCAACAACGGCGUUGGCAUUGAUAGUGUAACGUCGGCGGGUUGCAGUGGCCGCUUGCGAGUGGCACGAGUAGCAUAUGGGAGGAGGGUAGAGCGUCAACACCAGCGGCAGCAGCAGCAGCAGCUCGCUGUUCUGCGUUAUGGAUUGUGCCGGCUGGGAGGGAAUAGCCAGAGGGCGUCUGAUGACGAAAGCUCGAUCUUGAUGGUGUUGGACGAGAGCGCUGACGAAGAUGAAGCGAGAAGGAAGCCGCCGCCGCCGCAUCGGUUUCCCAGUGCAGCGCCGAUAUCAGAAGCAGAGAACGGCGACCAUUUUCUUUCAGCUCAGGGCGGGAAAAAUCUUUGGCAGUUCCCCUCGUCCAGUCUGUUCUCUGAAAAAAAGAAGGGGUCCGCUCCUCCCCCUUCGGCUGAGUGUGGCGCUGGACAUGCAGUCGGAAGAGACGGCCAAUCUGACGUGGCAAACGCGACCGCUAGAGGGAUAGCCGAUCCCGAUCCCGUCGAUGAAGCUAGCGUGUUGCUUCGAAGGCUGCAACAACAGAGGCGCGAUGCGCGGCAAACCUGCCAGAACGAUCUCAGGCCAACCACAGUUGGCAAGGAUGUAAUAAUAACGACUGUUGCCGCGAGCGAGAGUGGAUCAGAAGAGGAAGCAGUCGUCAUUGGGGAAAGCGGAGGCGGGUAUGGGCUCUCUAUUCGGGACGGACGCAAAAGCAACCCCCGAAGAAGCUGUGGGAGCAGCGAUGGCAUUGAAAGCUACCACGAGGGCGGCCCUCGAGUGAAGAAGGGCUCCUCUGGUGGUGGUGGGGGUGAUGAUGAUGCUAUUGACGAAGAAGUGGGUGGGGGUGCGGAUGCUGUCUCGCUAAGCUCAGUCGCGAGAGAAACGGAAGGAACGAACUCAUCAUUGGGUCCACGACUCCCGACUCCGACAUCAUCUCAUUUUCUACACUUGCUUCUUCUCCUACUUACUCUCGUGAAUAGUCGUUCCUCUUCCUUCGCCUCCUACCACCUCGCACUCCACGUGCAACCGAUAGACUACGACGUAGUGUUGGAGUACGGGGAGAAGGUGUGGAACGGCAAGGGUUCGAACCGACAAGAAGGUGAGCCGAGGAUGAACGAGCACACGAUCAAGCACUACUGGACAGACAUGCUGGAGGCCGUGUCACUGAGGACUAUCCACGAGGAGAGGAUUGUCCACUCCGAUCUGAAGCCCACCGAUUUUCUGCUUUUGCAAGGGGAGGUCAAACUGAUAGAUUUCGGAAUCGCCAAGCAGUUGGAAAGGGACACGACAAAUAUUCAUUGGAGCGAGAUGGUGGGAACACUAAACUACAUGGCACCUGAAAAGCUGGAGCUGAAGAUGGCAGGUACGGGAAUGAAGGUGGGCAGGUCGUCGGACAUCUGGUCCUUGGGAUGUCGCGCAUUUCAGUCCGUACCCGAAGAUGCAGGUCUCGUUUCCUCCUCUCAACAACGAGUAUUGGGAUGCAUUCUGUACCAGAUGGUAUACCUGUGCCAGAUGCGUCCACUUGAGGGGGAAGAGCUCCCGGGCCUGCAGGUGGUGGAGAAGCUUAUCGACGCAUCGAAGGAUGACGCGUGUCGUGUCCUCCAGGUGCUGAACGACUGGUACGGACUUCGUCGUGGGACGAACGAAAUGCAACUCGCAAAAAGUAUCGACAGUGUCCGGUACGGUAACUCCCAUGGAGGAGGAGAGGUGGUGAGCGGACCAGGACCAUCAUCAGGUUCAGCAGGGCCAGCAGGAGCAAGACCGGUUGUUGUUCCUUCGGCGGAACAUCCACAGCAGGAUGCUGUGAACUCGAAGAGGGAACGACAUGCCUCGUCGGGAUACGAGAAUCAGGAUCACCAUUAUAAUCAUCAGUAUCGCCGUCAGCAACAGCACCAGCCGCAACAGCAGCGACAGCAACAGUAUGAUGACGAUGGGGGGGAUAUAUGACAGAUCGAUGCUGCGAGUAUGGAUUCGCAGCACAGGCCCACAGGCCCUGUCGAAGUGAAGAUGGCAAACGAAUGACAAUUGUGGACUUGGGCCUAGAGAACGUCGAGGGGGAGUGCGGGCUAGGCAGUGUGAAGGUGAAGAUGGCUGGGAGUAGUGGGGGAGGAGGAGGAUGAGGAUGGAAAGUGAGGUGUGAGAGGCCGCGGCCGGCCAUUCCUGGUGGCAGGCCGAGGGCACCAGUAGUCGGUGGACGGGUCGUUCAAAAUGGUUCUCAACGAUCGAUCUCUGCGCCUCGUAGAUGCUCGGGAAGACCUGCAUUCGAAUGAACAUUCAAUGAUCAA